AUGAAAAUUUCAAGUAUUUUUAUUAUUAUCUUCAUUUUUAUUGAUUCAAUUAACAAUUUUGAUUUACCAGCUGAAAUUCGUAUUGCUAUUUUUGAUACUCAUGAUAUAUUAUCUCGUCAUGCAUUUGAAUAUGCUGUUGCAAAAAUUAAUACACAAACACGUAUAUUUAAAAAUUCAAAGAUUGUCGUUAAUCAUAUUGAUAUGGUUGAUGCACAUGAUAGUUUUUCAGCUUAUAAAAUGAUAUGUGAACAGUUACAAACUGGCAUUGCUGCUUUAUUUACUGGUCAACUUACUCCAUCAUUAGAGUUUGUUAGUACAUUAACACGACAGUUACAUAUUCCAUUAUUUUUAUCAUCACCAGAUUCACAAACUAAAGUUGAUUAUUAUAUAAUUAAUGUCCAUCCACAUUAUACAGCAACUAGUCAAGCAUAUAGUGAUCUCAUUAAAUUUCAGGGAUGGAACGAAAUAGCCAUUAUCACUGAACAUGCUAAGAAUUUACUUUAUCUCCAAGAUUUACUUAAAUUACCAUCGGAUAAAAAUCAUAUGACAAUUACUGUAAGACAAUUGCGCGGUCGACCAGGUAUUAAUAAUUGGUAUCCAUUACUUCUACAAUUAAAAGAUACAGGCAUAUCAAAAUUUUUAAUCGAUAUAAAAACUGAUACUCUAGAUGAUUUCUUUUCACAAGCAAAACUUGUCGGUUUAGUUGGACCCUAUUAUGAUUUUGUAUUAACUUCAUUAGAUAUUUCAGUCGUUAAAUGGGACAAGAUUUUAUAUACAUUAGUUAAUAUAACUGGUUUACAAUUUUUUGGUCGAGAUGAUCCAGCAGUUCAUGAAUUUUUCGAUUCAAAUAUUCUCAGUGUUAAUACUCCAUUUCAACCUAAUGAACGUUCAUUAAGAGCAUCUGCAGCAUUGAUGUAUGAUUCUGUUUAUUUCUUUGCUCGUGCACUUAAUCAAUUUAUUGAACAACAUUCAUUUAAUAUUACACCAUUAACAUGUGAUGCACAACAACCAUGGAUACAUGGUUCAGCAUUUUCUUUAUUCUUGAAAACAUUCGAAGUAAACGGCAUAACAGGAAAAAUAAAAUUUGAUGAUAAUGGUCUACGAACAGAUGUAUCUUUUGAAGUUGUUGAUUUAGCUGCUACUGGUGUUAAUAAAAAUGGAUAUUGGUCAUCAAAUAUUCCAAAUCGACUUGAAGUUCAACGUAAUUUUACAAAAGAUUAUGAAAUAAGAAAACAAGAAAUACAAAAUCAAAGAUUAAAAGUAACAACACUUAUUGAACCACCAUAUGUUAUGUGGAAUGGAAAUGAAACGAAUUCAACACAAAAUUUUUUUGGUUUUUGUAUUGAUAUUUUACUUGAUUUAGCUGAACGACUUAAUUUUACAUAUGAAAUCGAUAUUGUUAAAGAUAAAACAUUUGGAAAAAAAAAUGAUAAAGGAGAAUGGAAUGGGAUUAUCGGAGAAUUAGUUCAGCGUAAAGCCGAUUUAGGUCUAGCUGGAUUAACGAUCACGUAUCAACGUGAACAGGCCAUUGAUUUUACAAAACCAUUUUUAACACUUGGUAUAAAUAUUCUAUAUAAAAAAGCAAAACGUGCCAAACCGAAAUUAUUCGGCUUUUUUGAUCCAUUAAGUCAUGAUGUAUGGAUUUAUAUGAUUGCUGCUUAUUUUGCUGUUAGUUUUUCACUUUAUUUGGUUGCAAGAUUAUCACCAUAUGAAUGGCGUAGUCCAUAUUCAUGUCGUAGAACUCAUAAUGAAUUAGAAAAUCAAUUUACAUUAUUUAAUUCAUUUUGGUUUCUUAUUUGUAAUAUAAUGCAUCAAGGUACAGAUUUAAAUCCAGUAGCAACAUCAACACGUAUGAUAAGUUGUCUUUGGGGAUUUUGUACAUUGAUUCUUGUUUCAUCUUAUACAGCUAAUCUUGCGGCCUUUUUAACUGUACAACGUAUGCAAACACCUAUUGAAAAUGCUGAUGAUUUAGCAUCACAAGUAGAUAUUGCUUAUGGUGUUCAACGUGGUGGUUCAACGGAAAAUUUUUUUCGUGAAUCUAAAAUUCCUACAUAUGAACGUAUGUGGAAUUAUAUAUUAGGUAAUCAAGCUACUGUUACUGUAUCAUCAAGUACUGAAGGUAUUAAUAAAGUAUUAGCAGGUGGUUAUGCUUUUCUUAUAGAAUCAACUACAAGUGAAUAUAAUAUAAUGAGAAAUUGUGAAUUAACAUCAAUUGGUGGUUUACUUGAUUCAAAAGGUUAUGGAUUUGGUGUACCACAAAAUUCACCAUAUCGUGAUAUAUUAAGUGAUACAAUAUUAAAAUUACAAGAUGCAGGUGUUAUACAAAAAUAUUAUAAUAAAUGGUGGAAAGAAGCAGCUAAUUUAAAUUGUGAUGAAGAAGAUAAAAGAAAAGAAAUAGCUUCAGCAUUAGGUUUUGCUAAUAUUGGUGGUGUAUUUGUAAUACUUGCUGUUGGUUUAGUUCUAUCAAUGAUUGUUGCUGCAGUAGAAUUUCAUGUUAAAAUAAGUCAUAGAAAUAAGGGAAAGGUUUCAAUCCGCGAGGAAUUGGGACGUUAUUUUCGUUUUGCUGUUUUUCAUGCCAAAGCACCAAAACGUCGCAUCAGUAAUUUUGUUGGUGAUCCCUAA